GUUGUGUGUGUGUGUGUGUGUGUGUGUGUGUGUGUGUGUGUGUGUUGCCGUUCGUGUGCACCGCCAUUGCUCAGUAUCAGCUGAUCCGUGGCUGCAACAGGAGGUGUACGCGCCUACGUACGAAGGGCAAGUCGGGGAAAGGAAAUAUUAUUAAGGAAAAAAGUGACCUCUUGUAGUGGUAUUUGUGUGUAAAAAAAGGGAAACUCAGGAAGCUAUUAUCGAAGUCUAGCGCUUCAGUGAUGGCCUCCGCCGCGCCGUGUUAACCUGCGGGAGGCGGAAGGUGAUGCACGCCUGAGGGUCACGUCGGCCAGGCAGAGACACGGAGCCGCAGACACGUGUGCCGCGGCCCCGCUGGCGCUGGUGAGCCCCGCCAGCGAGGGGGCAUGGUGGGCGUGCAGGGGCGCUACAAUGUACCGCGCGUGGGCGUGGCGGGCGGUGCAGUGUGUUACCUGCACGUGGGUGGAGGAGGGGGAAAAAGGGGAGGAGGACGCCCUCGACUGGUGUGACUGUGGGUGGGGCCGGGCGUGGAGGUGCCUGGAGGCCCGACGCUCCCGCCCGUUGUCCCACUCGUGGCACCAUGAGAGUCGCCUGCAGCUGGGCAUCCACGAGGUCAUCCCCGACGACCACCAUGGCCUGGCCCUCGACCACACCACCGACCUCCCUUACAAGGGCGAGAACCAGGGCCUGCAGCCGUCCCUCUCAAUGCACCACGUCAACUGCAGCAGCACCAGCUCCAGCAGCCUCCAGACGCUCAAAGAUGAAAUGGCGGAGGUCACUGCGGAGAUGGAGGCGCUGGAUACGGGGGAAGACAGUAAGAACAACCCGAAGAGUAAACAGAUGAGCAUCGGGAGGAAAAAGUUCAACAUGGAUCCGAAGAAGGGAAUCGAGUACCUUAUCGACCACGGCCUCCUCAAGAACACUCCUGAUGAUAUUGCUCAGUUCCUGUACAAAGGAGAAGGACUCAACAAGACGGCCAUCGGCGACUACCUCGGGGAACGCAACGACUUCAACCAGUCAGUCCUCGAUGCAUUCGUCUGUCUGCACGACUUUACGGACCUAAUACUGGUUCAGGCUCUGAGGCAAUUCCUCUGGAGCUUCCGGUUACCUGGCGAGGCUCAGAAGAUUGACAGGAUGAUGGAGCGAUUUGCCCACCGCUACUGUGAGCUCAACCCCUCCAUCUUCCAGCACCCGGACACUUGCUUUGUGCUGUCCUUUGCAAUCAUCAUGUUGAAUACCUCGCUCCACAACCCAGCUGUCAAGGACAAGCAGACCAUUGAGCAGUUCAUCACCAUGAACAGAGGCAUUGACAAUGGAGAUGACCUGCCAAGGGAGCUGCUGGAGAGCCUCUACGAAAGCAUCAAGACUGAGCCCUUCAAGAUCCCAGAGGAUGAUGGGAACGAUCUCAUGCACACCUUCUUCAACCCCGACCGUGAGGGGUGGCUCAUGAAGCAGGGCGGCCGCUACAAGUCCUGGAAGAGGAGGUGGUUCAUCCUCAACGACAACUGCCUCUACUACUUUGAGUACACAACUGACAAGGAGCCCAGGGGAAUCAUUCCACUGGAGAAUAUUGAGGUUCGUGAGGUCCAGGAUCGCAAUAAACCAAAUUGCUUUGAGUUGUAUGCGACAUCCACGGACUUCAUCAAGGCUUGCAAGACAGACAGCGAAGGCAAGGUGGUGGAGGGGAAGCACACUGUCUACCGCAUGUCUGCAGCCACACCAGACGAGAAGGAAGAGUGGAUCAAGUGUAUACGACAAAGUAUAAGUCAUAACCCAUUCUAUGACAUGUUGGCCAAGAGGAAGAAGAACAUCCAAAAGAACAGUAAUCGAUAAUUGGGAUGAAGGGACACCCUGCACACACGGCUUCUCAGGCUUCCAUGCCAUACACUGUGUUCACUGAGGGACACAAGGCACCAGCAGCCAGUGACUGCCAGCACAUUCACCAACAAUCCUCGACCACUUACCUGUGAAUCCAAUAAUGCACAAAGAGAAUUUACUUUUCACUGUUGAGAGAAACUAAUUAAUUGAGUGAAAUGUGAAGUGUGUGUGUGUGUGUAUGUUUGUGUUGAGUACUGAAACUGAGAAGGAAAACAAAAAGACAAAGUGCCAGUGUGUCCUUCAGGCUACAAGAUAUCGGUGUUCUCAUCACUUUGAGCCUCGUACUCAGAGGCUCAGGACUCAGUGAGUAUUUUCUGUACAUAUUUUUGUGAAUAAGGAGAAGAUGGAGAACUUUUGGCAUAUGAUAUUUAGACAUUUUAAUAUAUAUAAUGAUAUUUAUGCCACCAGCAUACAAAGCUCCUGUUUAUCUGUGUAUAUAUUUGUAUGUAUUUGGCCUGUUGAAGCAUAUGUGUAUAAGAUGCUGUUUCAAUACUAGUUGUAUAAAUUGGUGUGGGUAGCUGAAACUUGUAAGCUGUCAGGAAUGAGUGGCAACAUGUUUACAUGCAAGGUCUGCCAAGCUGUGUGUCCAAGAAUUAACAGUAUUGUAUCGUGAUGCAAGUGUGCAUGAGUGGACACUGUGCUGACACCAACAUGGCAUGUUUAAGUUCAAAGAAAUAUUUAUAAACUGUUUUACCUUUAUAGGCUUUACCAAUGGGAAAGCUGCUAGUUCUUACAGAUGGUUGUUUAAAAUUGACAUUUAAGGAGUAUGGCUCUUUAGUGUUUGAAGAGCAGAUAAACUGUUUUACAGGUUUUGAACUUGAAAAGUUAUAAUAUUCAGAAUCUUUAAAUCACUCAUAUUGUUUUAUAAAGGUAAAGAUAUUGCCAAAAACAUCUUAUAAGAAAAUUGAAUAGUGUAUGAAAAAAUACUCAAAAUACUUAGUUACAAAAAAUCCAGAAUUUAUAUAUUCUGCUAGAUGUUAUCUUAUUUAUGCAGAGUAAAAUAUGUAAUUAGUGUAAACCCAUUAGUAGUGCAAUUGACUUUGUGAUUCCUUAAACAUUGCUGUGCUUUCUGCCAGAAGAUAGAAUUAUGACAAAGAGCAACAAUCCCUUUUCCCACAAAAAUAUAAUUGCUACAUAACUCACCAGUGGCGUGCUUGGUGCAGGGGGCGGGGCAGGGCUUCACGGCAACUCCUCCGCCUCCACCGAUGCUCCAGUAUUUCCAGAACUCAAUAGUCUCAACUCAGAUAGAGAUAAGCUAUGGAAAAUGCUUUGAUCUCCUAUUUUUAUAUUUAUUUUGUACCUUAUAGUUUGUAUCUUCUACAUGUGCAUUUUCCACGUUCAUUCAGCAGCACUCCAGAAACAUUUCCCGGUAUGGAAGGUUGACAGUUUUUUGAUAAUUGUGGUGUUUUUAGAAGAAGUUGUGUGUUGGGUGUGGCUGUGCACCCUCAGCGCUGUGGUGACGCUGUUGUCCGUCUGUCAACUGUCUGUCUGGCUGAAAAAGUUCAUCAUGAGGAAAGAUACAAAUUUGAUUUAUUUAUUUGUAUAUUUUGAAAAUAUUUAACUUCAAAAUCUUGAUCUGCAUGUGAGUUAUUCAUUCAUGAAGUAUAUAGAUAUAUAUAUUUUUGUUUAGUAUAGGAAGUAACAUUAAUACAGGUACCAAAGAAAUACUUAAUUUUAUCUUUUUUAUUGUUUUCUGUCCAAGAAGUUAGACUCUUUUUCCUGAACUCACUUAGGUGUUAUUUAUUAAUAUUCUUCUAGGUGUGUAAUUUUCAAACUGUACAAUACUUUGUGAUUUUCUCAAAAGUUUGUGCCCUCUAUUUUUAUGUCUAAAUUUGCUUGUACAGGAUUGUAAGGGUUGUACCCAGCUGUAUAUAUUCUGUUAGUCUUUAUAUUAUUGUAAUUAAUAAAGUGCUGAUACAUAA